AUGGCUCCCAAGGGAAACGUGACCACGCGGUUGAACCCGCUUCGUCUCAACACCAUCAACCACCUGCGAGUCCGACGACCCAAUCAAUAUGAGCAGAAUGCCUGCGUAACGGUCAUGUCUUCGAUGCUGAACUGUUGGGCUUCCCAAGGAUACGGCGUCGAAGGAUGCGCCGCCCUCGAGGCGCAAUUGCGCAAGUGCAUGGAUGAACCGAAAUCCCACGAGAAGAAGAAAAACACCGUCAACUACCACCUGAUGAGAAUGUACCCCAAGGUUGUGGGUCCGCGCAAGAAGGACGGUGUCUUGGGUUAA